AUGCAGUUUUUCGAAAUUUGGCAGGAUUGUGUUGAAAAAGAAUUGGAAUUUAAUGAUGAACCACAUAGGGUGAGGAUUUGAGAUUUUUUAAAAUAUAGGAUCGAUUUUUUGAGUUCUGGGAUCAAUUUCGAUAUCGAAUGGAGAGAUGUGAAACUCUGGUUCCUUUGAAAAUUGAGGAUUUUGAAAAUUCGGAUGAGACUAAACAUGCGAUCCUUCCGAAAAAUCAAAAUGAUGUUUCGGAAAACAUUGUAGUUACAAUUGGAAUUGGCCAGGAUAUUGCUGCAGAAUUGAAAUUCAAGGAACAAAUGAAUGAGCUUGGAAAAUGGCCAGUCUUCUAUGGAGCGGAUCCAAUAGUUGAACCGAAUUCGCAAAUUUUCUCAAAAAUUGGUGUUUAUUUUCCAUUCGCAAUUGGUGACAAGGCUGGAUUUUCGGAGGCAAGUGUUUUGGUGGAAAAUGAAUAUAAAAUGGAAUCAGUUGUUCAUGUGGAUCUCGUAUAUUUUUUGGAUAAAAUGUUGAAUUUGAAAACAAUUGAUCAUUUAUGGAUGGAUUCUGAAUAUUCGGAAUAUCAACUUUUCGACGCGUUUUAUAGAAAUGGUCGAUUAGAUGAUGCUGAAAUCACAAUUUGUCAAAUCAAUCUUGAAGUUCAUAAUCCAUCGCUAGAUCAGAAAAUAUUAUUCAAACAAUUUAUUCGAAGACUUUUAUCUGAAAAGCGAUACGGUUUCUUCAGGAAUAUUUACUAUUCUCAUUAUCGUCUAUUUUUAGUCAACUUUGAGAACGAUUAUUGUGUUCGAAAAUAUAUUUCUUAA